UUGUGAUGCGACCUGAUUGGCCAAGAAGAAGCUAGGCUGUGUAGUGUAUGGUGACGUUGCCCCGUCGUCCGUCUCCAUAAAUACGGCGACUUAUCUCCUUAAAAGCUCAUACCUCACUGCAAACAAGUCUAAACGUCAUUAAAGUACUGCUGCUCACGUCACACAUAGGAUGCCUGGUUCUGCCUCAAUCAACUGCUUCGGACCAUGGCCCAAAGACGUGGGUGUCAUUGCCAUGGAACUGUACUUCCCGUCCCAGUACGUGGAGCAGGCUGAACUGGAACAGUUUGAUGGUGUUACCGCUGGGAAAUACACGGUGGGACUGGGUCAAGCCCGCAUGGGCUUCUGUUCAGACCGUGAAGACAUAAACUCCCUGUGCCUGACUGUGGUCCAAAGACUGAUUGAGAGGAGUGGCCUGUCCUACGACAGCAUCGGCCGUUUGGAAGUUGGCACUGAGAGCAUCAUUGACAAAUCCAAGUCAGUGAAGACGGUCCUCAUGCAGUUGUUUGAGGACUCCGGUAACACCAACGUGGAGGGGAUUGACACCACAAAUGCCUGUUAUGGUGGGACAGCGGCACUCUUCAAUGCUGUCAACUGGGUGGAGUCCAGCUCUUGGGAUGGCCGGUAUGCCUUGGUUGUGGCCGGGGACAUUGCUGUCUAUGCCUCAGGAAGUGCCAGACCUACAGGGGGCGCCGGCGCUGUGGCGAUGCUGGUUGGGCCUAAUGCUCCUUUGGCCUUUGAACGAGGUCUGCGAGGAACGCACAUGCAGCAUGCGUAUGACUUCUACAAACCGAACCUCAUGUCAGAGUAUCCUGUGGUGGAUGGCAAGUUGUCCAUUGAGUGCUACCUGAGUGCCUUGGACCGUUGUUACUCAGUGUACCGAAACAAGAUACAGGCUCAGUGGCAAAGAGAGGGUGUAGAAAGACGUUUCUCCUUGGAGGACUUUGGCUUUCUUGUCUUCCACUCCCCAUACUGCAAGCUUGUGCAGAAGUCAUUGGCCAGGCUGAUGUUGAAUGACUUCCUGAGCCAUCCCAACCCCAACAUUGAGACGGGACCCUACAGUGGCCUUGAUGCCUUCAGGGAUGUGAAGCCAGAGGAGACCUACUUUGACCGGGAUGUUGAAAAGGCCUUUAUGAAGGCCAGUGCAGACCUAUUUGAAAGAAAGACCAAGCUCUCCUUGCUCAUCUCCAAUCAGAAUGGAAACAUGUAUACCCCCUCAGUCUACGGCUGCCUGGCAUCGCUCAUUGCACAACACACAUCUUCACAGCUGGCAGGUCAGAGGAUCGGUGUCUUCUCCUAUGGAUCAGGAUGUGCAGCGACUUUAUAUUCUCUUAGGGUCUCACAAGAUCAUACACCUGGUUCGGCUCUCGACAAACUUAUCUGUAGCAUGAGUGACCUGAAGAUCAGACUGGAGUCGAGGAAGAAGGUUUCACCUGCUGUGUUCUCCGAAAACAUGACCCUUAGAGAGGAGACCCACCACUUGGCCGGCUACGUCCCCCGAGGCUGCGUGGAGGAUCUGUUUCCUGGCACGUGGUACUUGACGCGGGUGGAUGACAAAUAUCGCAGAGAAUACGCCAGGAGACCCUUAGACAAUGACCUGCCUUCAGAGCACGAGCAUGAGCGUGUUCACUGCAGCACCGACCUGGAGCACAUCUCAAGCCCUGCCAAGAAGAUACCGCACAUCCCCGUGGCCGACUCUGACACUGCUGUCGGCAAGUGACCGCAUGCAGCUCCUCUUCCUCUUCCAGGUAUCCACGUCCAGUCCUUUGAAAACAAAUACUAGGGCUCAUUCGGAGCUUAAGGGCAGCCUUUAGAAACUGCUGAUGCACGUGUCCAACCUGCCCGCCAUCCCUCAGUCGGCUAUCAGUCAGAAAAAAAAAGAAUAGAAGAAAUUAAGCUGUUUUUAAAGAAAAGUGGACCUUUUUUGUGUUUGACAACUGCAGUUGACUUCUUUAAGCUGCUGAGCUGUCAAAACAGUCACUCAUUCAUCAAGUGACACAUUCAGAAAUUGUUUGAAUGUCUUCAUUUAAACUAAAAAAAAAAAAAAAGCAUAAGGAAAAGUUGGUAGGCAUCACUUACAUUCUGGGAAGUGGAACUUACUGAAACACAAAUGUUAUAAGCUGGUAUACUUUUUAUGACAGUAUCUGUCUGCAGCACUAGUUGUCCUGUUUGAUCAGCCGUCACUGAUUGCAUGGGCACGUCUCACAGUUGUUGUAGGGGUGGAACACUACACCAUUUCAGCUACAGUAAGGGAACAAAAUGCAACACAUCAAACUGCUUUCGGGAUUUUUAACUCAAAUGGCAGGUUCAAUGAAUUUCUCAAAGGUCGUCCCUCGCCGCUUCGCUGUAUCACGGUUUUUAAAAAUAUAUGUGGUUACUGUGGUAUACUGUUUUGUGGUUAAAUAUGACCUAUCAUUAGUUAAAAAUUGACAUUUAAGCAAAUUUAACAUUUUGUUGCCUAGAUGUGUUUUCAAGCAUAUCAAUGGCUCAUUUAAAUAAUCUACCAAUAUAAGGAAGAUGCAUUCUAUGAUGUGAUAUGUAGUAUUCUACACUGGUCACUAGGUGUCAGUAAUGUUGCUGGAGACACUAAAGAUUUUCGUUUUAUUGCUAGUUUGAAUUAUCAGACACAAAAAUAAUACAACCUUUGCACCAGCUCGGUCUAACAACACGGGCUAUUGUUGCAGCUCUAACCUAGCUACAGCCACAGCUAAAACUCAACUCUGAACCCAUGAUUAACUUCCUGUCAGCCACCCAUACUUCUCCCCAUGCUACACAUGCGAGCACGAGUUUUGCUCAUGUAUUAAAUAUAUUUUCUGUUCUAUCUACUAUAUCAGGGGUGGGCAAACUACGGCCUGGGGGCCACAUGCGGCCCACCAAGCGUUUGAAUCGGGCCCGCCAGUUGCUUUCUAAGUAUUUCAACUUUUAACAUACAAACUGGCAACGUGACUUGCAAGUUGGAUGUCUUAUUUAGUAAAAAAAAACAAAAAAAACCUGUAAAAUUAAAUGACAUGGUCUAUGCCAAUUUUGUUAACUCAAUGGCCCACGAGUCAAAAUAUUUUCCCACCCCUGUACUAUAUUGUGCAAUAGGAGUGCAAUGUUGACUGUAGGGGUGUUAUUUCAUGUGUAUAAUGCUCUGUUAACUCUAUUUACAAGUUCAAACAGAUUUUAUGUGCUGUAGCUACAAAAAAUAUAUAAAAUGUACUUAUGAUCAGGUCUGGAACCAAUGCACCGUGAUUUAAAAAAAAUAAAAAUAAUCAGAUUUAAUGUAUUGUUACACCCUAAUUGAUUACCAAUGAGAGACUCCUGCCAUUCUAAAGGUUUAGUCGUGUCCUGGCAGUUUGUUUCACAUCAACUUUUCUUCCCUUACUGUCUCUCCAGUUGUUGUCUGGAAUAAAUAGACCUCAGGAAAAAGCGGGGCAAAGAUAAGUCUUAAACUUGGUGUUUUUGGUUUAUUCUUAUUUAGCCUGCUUGAAUUUCAUUCGAAGAAGCCUUACAAUUAAGAUCAUUUUAAAGAUAAAGAUUUUCUCUUGAUGUACUGUCAGCGUUGGCAUCAAAUGCGGUGUGGCUGUGGUUUGCUGAUGUGACGUCACACAAUCUUAGCCAUGUAAAUGUACAGUAUACGCUGUAAAAUUAUUUAUGCUGUGUAGAUAGGAGCCUGUGGAUGGUUCCGCAGAUUUGUUUCAUCCCUGCUCUAAUUUGUGUAAAUCAGAAGCAAUGAAUACAUUUAUAUUCAACA